AUGUCUAUUAAAAAUAAUAAAAUAACAUCAAAUGAUAAGUCUACUAAGAAAAAGAUAGUAGCAAACAACAACGAUGAGAAUGACAGUUUUGAUGACUUGGUUAUAGGAAAUAUACCAAGUGAAAAUGAAGGCAUGAAAAAAAAAAAAAAACUACCUAGAAUGGUUCAGAUAUCAAAAAGUUACAAAAAAUUGGAAAGAGAAAAAAAGGUAUUAAACAAUCUCAAUUCGGAAGAAAAGGAAAAAGCAAAGCAUCGUAUGAACGUCCAGAAAGCCAUACUUAAAUCUAAAGGAGAGAAAGUUUAUGAUGAAAAAAGUCUCAAAAAUCGAAAAAAAAACAUUUUAAAAAAAAAAGAAAAAUCACGAAAAAGAUGGAGCAAUAAAAAUGAUUAA